AUGAUCGCUCGUAAACUUUCCAUAACAGAUCUUGAUCAAAUGAUAAAGUUUCGUUUCCAGUCCUAUAUAUUACAAGUUAUCAAUAUUCUUAGCACUCAGUUACAACAAAAAACAGCUACACUAGGCAAAGCUGGCCUAGUUAUUGAAGGUGUAAUAAAAACGUUUGAAGAGAAACGUUCAGAUAAGUGUUUUUCUGAAGUAUGGUCUACUGUUGAAAUGUUUGCUGAAACUCAUGGCAUUGAAACACCUAUAAAAGAUUGUACUGCUAAGAGAUUAAAAAGAGAACCAAAUCAUUUGAAGGAUUUCCAUUUAUCAUCAACCACAAGCACUGAACAAACUAAUGAAAAUGAAAAACACUGGCGAAUAAUUUAUUUCAAAUUAAUUGAUACUAUUGUUACAAACCUAAAAAAAAGAUUUUCCACUGAAAGCCUAAAAAUGGCAACAGCAGUUGAUAAUUUUAUGAAGUUAAAUUAUGAUGAUAGCACUUUUUUCAUUGACAAUUAUAAAGAGUUGUUCAAUUAUGACCUAAAUGCUCUGAAAAGUGAAAUGAUGGUGGUAAAAAAUUGUGUCCUUCGAUCAAGCAUAGAAUCACAGAUUGAUUUUGAUAAAAUAAAAGAAAUGGUACAAUCUGAAAUUUAUCCAAAUUUAUACACUUUGUUGAAAGUGGCUCUUUUCAUUCCUGUUAGUUCAGCCAGGUGUGAGCGUUCUUUUUCCACUAUGAGAAGAAUUAAAAAUUGGCUGCGUACAUCGAUGGACCAGGAGCGAUUUUCCAGUUUGGCAAUAAUAAACAUUGAAAGAGAAGUAUCAAAUCAGCUUAAAGCUGAGGAUAUACUAAUUGAGUAUGCUAAGACCAAUAAAAGAUUACAAUUAUAA